UUGUUCAACCUGUGCAUCUACCAAGGGAACAAAGGUAGGGCGGUGCGAGCCGGGAUCGUACCUGCGUUGCUCCGAAUGCUGACCGAUUCGAGAGGGGCGGCAAUGGUGGACAAGGCAUUGACGAUACUGUCGGUGCUAUCGAGCAACGCUGAAGCGAAAGCGGCGAUCGUGAAGGUGAGCACGAUCCCGGUGCUGAUCGAUCUGUUGAGGACCGGGCAGCCGAGGGGGAAGGAGAACACGGUGGCGAUAUUGCUGUCGCUAUUUUUGGAGAAGAAGGAAAGGCUAUGA